AUGGUUCAAUCAUCCGUUUUGGGUUUCCCACGUAUCGGUGCCAACAGAGAGUUGAAGAAGGUCACCGAGGCCUACUGGGGCAAGAAGGUGUCUGUUGAGGAGUUGUUGGCUAAGGGUAAGGAAUUGAGAGCACACAACUGGAAGUUGCAGAAGGACGCUGGUGUGGACGUCAUUCCAUCCAACGAUUUCUCCUUCUACGACCAGGUUUUGGAUCUCUCCCUUUUGUUCAACGUUAUUCCUGACAGAUACACCAAGUUCGACUUGGCUCCUAUCGAUGUCUUGUUCGCCAUGGGUAGAGGUUUGCAGAGAAAGGCCACUGAGACCGAGGCUGCUGUGGAUGUCACCGCCUUGGAGAUGGUCAAGUGGUUCGACUCUAACUACCACUAUGUCAGACCAACUUUCUCCCACUCCACCGAGUUCAAGUUGAACACUGAGGCCGGCUUGAAGCCAGUCAACGAGUACUUGGAGGCUAAGGAGCAGGGCAUUGAGACCAGACCAGUUAUCUUGGGUCCUAUCUCUUACUUGUUCUUGGGUAAGGCCGACAAGGACUCCUUGGACUUGGACCCAAUCUCCCUUUUGGACAAGUUCUUGCCAGUUUACAAGUCCUUGUUGCAGGAGUUGUACAAGGCUGGUGCCAAGACCGUGCAGAUUGACGAGCCAAUUCUCGUUUUGGACUUGCCAGAGUCUGUCCAGAAGCUCUACAAGGGUGCUUUUGAGAAGUUGGUUGGCGAGGGUCUCCCAGAUAUCACCUUGACCACCUACUUCGGUGACGUCAGACCAAACUUGGCCGCCAUCAAGGGCUUGCCAGUGGCUGGUUUCCACAUUGACUUUGUCAGAGCCCCUGCUCAGUUCGACGAGGUUGUCUCUAUCCUUAACGACAAGCAGACCUUGUCUGUUGGUGUUGUUGACGGUAGAAACGUCUGGAAGACUGACUACUCCAAGGCUUCCGAGAUUGUCAACAAGGCUAUCUCUACCGUUGGUAAGGAGAGAGUUUUGGUUGCCACCUCCUCCUCUUUGUUGCACACUCCUGUUGACUUGGCCAACGAGUCCAAGUUGGACCCUGUUAUCGCUGACUGGUUCCAGUUCGCUGUCCAGAAGUUGGACGCUGUUGUGACCAUCGCCAAGGACGUUUCUGGUGAGGACGUUUCUGACUUGUACGCUGCUAACGCCAAGUCUAUCAAGGCCAGAAAGGAGUCUCCAAUCACCACCAACCCUAAGGUCCAGGAGAGAAUGGCCUCUAUCAACGAGUCCCUCUCCACCAGAAAGGUGCCUUUCUCUGACAGAUUGGCUGCCCAGAAGGAGAAGUACAACUUGCCUUUGUUCCCAACCACCACCAUUGGCUCCUUCCCACAGACCAAGGACAUCAGAGUGAACAGAAACAAGUUCAACAAGGGUACCAUCACCAAGGAGGAGUACGAGCAGUUCAUCAACAAGGAGAUUGAGACUGUCAUCAGAUUCCAGGAGGAGAUUGGUUUGGACGUCUUGGUCCACGGUGAGCCAGAGAGAAACGACAUGGUUCAGUACUUCGGUGAGCAGUUGGACGGUUACGCUUUCACCACCAACGGUUGGGUCCAGUCCUACGGUUCCAGAUACGUCAGACCACCUAUCAUUGUUGGUGACGUUUCCAGACCAAAGGCCAUGUCCGUCAAGGAGUCUGUCUACGCUCAGUCCUUGACCAAGUCCCCAGUCAAGGGUAUGUUGACUGGUCCAGUCACCUGUCUCAGAUGGUCUUUCCCAAGAGACGACGUUUCCCAGAAGGUCCAAUCCUUGCAGUUGGGUUUGGCCCUCAGAGAUGAGGUCCAGGACUUGGAGGCUGCUGGUAUUACUGUCAUCCAGGUUGAUGAGCCAGCUAUCAGAGAGGGUUUGCCAUUGAGAGCCGGUCAGGAGAGAUCCGACUACUUGAACUGGGCUGCCCAGUCUUUCAGAGUCGCCACUUCCGGUGUCGAGAACUCCACUCAGAUCCACUCCCACUUCUGUUACUCCGACUUGGACCCUAACCACAUCAAGGCCUUGGACGCCGACGUUGUGUCUAUUGAGUUCUCCAAGAAGGACGACGCCAACUACAUCAGAGAGUUCUCCGAGUACCCUAACCACAUUGGUUUGGGUUUGUUCGACAUUCACUCCCCAAGAAUCCCAUCCAAGGAGGAGUUUGUCUCCAGAAUCGAGGAGAUCUUGAAGGUGUACCCCGCUGACAAGUUCUGGGUCAACCCUGACUGUGGUUUGAAGACCAGAGGUUGGGAGGAGACCAAGGCUUCUUUGACCAACAUGGUUGACGCUGCCAAGGACUUCAGAGCCAAGCACUAA